AUGGCGUUUGAUCAAGAUAUAAUUUGUCAUGGGAUUCCUAGUAUUAAUAAUGGACCAUGGAUUCAAGAAUUAUUAAACAAUAAUAUUAUAUUAACUGAUGUGAGUCAAACUUUUGAUCCUAUUGAUAUUUUAAUUGGUGCCGAUGUACUUGGAAAAUUAAUGACUGGAAGAUUACAUAACUUAGAAUGUGGAAUGACAGCAAUUGAAACAAGGUUAGAUUGGACUUUGAUGGGUAAGAAACCUACUUUAAAUUAUUCUGAAAAUGAUGCAGCAUUAAUUGUAACAUCGAUGUAUGUACAAGAAGCUGAUAUUUCAAAUUUCUGGAGUUUAGGUGUUAUAGGAAUUACUGACCCAAUUGAAACAAAAUCAAAGAAAUUAGCUGAACAAGAAAUUUGUGAAAGAUUUCGUGAAACUGUAGUUAUUAAUAACGAUAAAAGAUAUGAAGUAUGUCUUCCAUGGAAAGAAAAUCAUCCUCAACUUGAAUCAAAUAAAGAAAUUGCUCAAAGAAGAUUACAAAUUACGACAGAUAAAUUGAAGAAACAAGGACUUUAUGAAGAAUAUGAUCAAGUACUAAUGAAAUGGCUAGAUGAAGGAAUUAUUGAAAGAGUUCCAGUUGAUGAAGAAAACUCUUGGGGCCAUUAUCUUCCUCAUCGACAUGUGUUGAAAAUUAAUAGUACAACUAGAUUGAGACCAGUAUUUGAUGCAUCAGCGAAAUCUAAGAAUGGAAUAUCUUUAAAUCAAUGUUUAGAAACAGGUCCUAAUUUAAUAGAAUUAAUUCCUUCUAUGCUUUUACGUUUCAGAGAGAAAGAAAUAGGAGUAAUUUCCGAUAUUGAAAAAGCAUUCUGGCAGAUCAGCGUUACUCCAAAAGAUCGGAAUGUCCUACGUUUUUUGUGGUGGAAGAAUGAUGUUAUUGAAGUUUUACGACAUUCGCGAGUAGUAUUUGGAGUAACUAGUAGUUCGUUUAUACUGGCUGCUACUGUUAAAUUACAUUUGGAGUUAUUAUCAAAAGAGGACAAGUUUAAAGACAUGUUGACAUCUAUAAUCAAAUUAAUUUCAUCCUUUUAUGUUGAUAAUUGUGUUACUAGUGUAGAUUCUCUUAAAGAAUUACAUCAAUUUAAAGAAGAAUCAACUUUAUUAAUGGCAGAAGGUGGUUUCAAUUUUCGAAGUCAUAAAAUAUUUGAUCCAAUCGGUUUUGCUUGUCCAGUAUUAUUGUUACCCAAGUUAUUGUUGCAGAAAAUUAAUACUUUAAAAUGGGAUAUUGAAGUUCCUCAAGAAAUUAAAGAAGAUUUUGAAAAAUGGUAUCAUCAGUUAAAAUUAUUAGAAGAAGUGAAAGUUCCACGUUGGAUUUCUAGUACUCAUAAAACAGAGAGACAAACUUCAUUUCAUGUUUUCGUUGAUGCUAGUCAAGUAGCUUAUGCGGCAGUUAUUUAUAUGAGAACGCAGACUGAUACAGAUACGAAAAUACAACUGAUUGCUGCUAAAUCAAGAGUAUCUCCAAAUAAAAAGAUGACUAUUCCACGUUUAGAACUUCUUGCAGCAACUAUUGGUGCAAGACUGAUGAAAUCUGUCCUUGAAACUAUGGUUUAUGACCAACAAGAGAUUUAUUUUUGGAGUGAUUCAACGACAGUAUUAACAUGGAUACAACAAGAAAGACAGUGGGCUACUUUUGUUUGGAAUCGUGUUCAAGAAAUUCGUAAAAUAACAAAUAUUGAAUGUUGGAGAUAUGUAAGAGGAGUCUGGAAUCCAGCUGAUCUUCCUUCCAGAGGGUGUACAACAAGUCAUUUGAUUGAGUCAAAAUGGUGGGAGGGACCAGAUUGGCUUUAUAACUCUGAAGAAUGA